AGAAAAGCGUGGCCACUAAGCCCAGGCAACCGAGCGUUCAUAACUACCUCGACAGCGGCAAAAUGAUUUACACUAGCAAUAAAAAAUAUUCCCUUUUGGGCUAAAACUGGUGAAUCCCACGAUGAGACAACUUGGAAAUAUAUAGAAAACGUUAGUUCAUAUUCACUGAAGCUACUAGACGCGAUGCCGGUCGACGCGGAGUCGGACAAUGUUCGAGUGGUUGUCAGAUGUCGUCCUAUGAAUGAGAAAGAAGUAGCUGGUGGAUGUGGUUUAGCGGUUAACGUGGACGAAAGCCGAGGGAUUAUCACCGUGAAAAACCCAAGCGCUCGUACUGGGGAACCACCGAAACAGUUCACAUACGACAGAGUGUUUGGCUUAGAUGCGAAACAAGUAGAUGUUUACAACGAUGCAGCCAGGCCGAUUGUCAAUUGUGUUUUAGAGGGUUAUAACGGUGAGAAAUGUCGCCAAUAAUAUUAGUUUAUUACACUGUUUAUCAAAGACGUCAGAAGAUGUGGGAUCUGCGAAAUUUAUCCCGCCCCCUUUCAUCCAGCACCUCCCCAUCCCCGGUUAACCCCCUUGCAAUAAAUACACCAUCGACAACGAUUUUUGUUCUUUUCAGUUCAGGGUUAUUUUAUUCAAAAACUUCAUAGUAAUCUGUCCCUUAGCCUUCAAGAGGCCAUUUUAUUUUAGGGAGAUGCUGCAAAACUUACAGAACAGAACCAUCUGUAAUGUCCAAAAAAAUACAGUUAAACCUCCCGUAAGCGACCACCUAAAAUGUCGAGCCUAGGUGAAGCUUAGACAAUGCUGGGUCAAAAUUUUGCUUGAUCAU